AGUAGCAUCCUCGAUGUGAUAUCGAAUAGGCGGGGCUCCGGCUACAUACAGGUGGGGCGCUCCUGCUCUGUCCUUGGUGCUGAAAGCUUCUCUCACUCCGGACCCGGACCCUUUCGACCAGCUGCCUAACCCCAGCAUCCCCGUACAAUAUCAUCCCACCGCGACACCUCCAACCCCCGCCCCUUGAAAACUUGACGCUCGUCUUUCCAUAUCUGCCGCUGGAUCUUAAAAAAAAUGGCUCUGCGUGGAUUAAGAGACUGCGCAAGGCAAAAACGGACUUACUGGAGCGCCUCUUUGUGACUGUGGAAGCAGUGUGCACACUGAGGAUCUUCGUACUCUCCUUAUUCCAGUUCUGUUGGAUCUCCAGGAUAUUCAGACGUUUCUUUUGGGGGAAGCAGAACAAAAUCUCGUAUUAUUCGGAUUAUACUAACAAUAUGUAUACACACCACUUGUGUUUCUUACACUAGAAUAGUCGUGCAAAUCAUUUUGGGGAGGGGAAAUGGAGCCUGAGCGCAAUGAGGGAGCUUUACCAAAGACUAAAGAUGGACUAAAACAAAUUGCGGGAAAGGCCCUCGGAACUCUGUACAGGAAGUUGGAGAAGCGGCAGCAAACGGGCGAGGGCAUCGAGCUGACCGAGGAUGGCCGGCCCCGGGCCGAGGAGGGCCGCAGGGGGCCCCUGUGCGACUGCACGUGUUUCGGUCUCCCACGCAGGUACAUCAUCGCCAUGCUGAGCGGCUUGGGCUUCUGCAUCUCCUUCGGCAUUCGCUGCAACCUGGGCGUGGCCAUCGUCAGCAUGGUCAACAACAGCACCAUCCACCAGAACGGCAAGAUCAUCAUUAAAGAGAAAGCCAAAUUUAACUGGGAUCCAGAAACGGUGGGGAUGAUCCAUGGCUCUUUCUUCUGGGGUUAUAUCGUCACCCAAAUUCCAGGGGGAUACAUUUCUUCCAGACUGGCCGCUAACAGAGUUUUUGGGGCUGCGAUCGUACUGACAUCCAUCCUGAACAUGUUCAUCCCUUCUGCGGCCCGCACGCACUACGGCUGCGUCAUUUUUGUGAGGAUAUUACAAGGCUUGGUUGAGGGAGUGACUUAUCCAGCUUGUCACGGAAUCUGGAGUAAAUGGGCUCCUCCUCUGGAAAGGAGUCGUUUGGCAACCAUCUCUUUCUGUGGAUCCUACGCUGGUGCGGUCAUAGCCAUGCCUCUGGCGGGAAUCUUGGUGCAGUACACAGGGUGGUCGUCCGUCUUCUACGUGUAUGGUACCUUUGGUUUAAUCUGGUACAUGUUCUGGAUCUUGGUGUCCUACGAGAGCCCGGCCGAGCACCCGACCAUCACGGAGGAGGAGCGGCGUUAUAUCGAGGAGAGCAUCGGUGAAAGCGCCCAGCUGAUGGGUGCCAUGGAGAAAUUCAAAACCCCCUGGAGGAAAUUCUUCACCUCCAUGCCAGUCUAUGCAAUUAUCGUGGCAAAUUUCUGCAGGAGCUGGACCUUUUAUCUGCUGCUCAUCAGCCAGCCUGCGUACUUUGAGGAGGUUUUUGGUUUUGAAAUAAGCAAGGUUGGAAUUGUGUCAGCGCUCCCCCACCUGGUCAUGACCAUCAUCGUGCCCUUAGGAGGCCAGUUAGCCGACUACUUGCGUACGCACAACAUCAUGUCCACCACGACCGUCCGCAAGAUCAUGAACUGCGGAGGAUUCGGGAUGGAGGCCACCCUCCUCCUGGUGGUGGGUUACUCACACAGUAAGGGGAUAGCCAUCUCCUUCUUGGUGCUGGCGGUGGGAUUUAGUGGCUUUGCAAUAUCAGGUUUCAAUGUCAACCAUUUAGAUAUCGCUCCGCGGUAUGCUAGCAUCCUCAUGGGCAUCUCCAAUGGCGUGGGGACCCUGUCAGGGAUGGUCUGCCCUUUAAUCGUGGGAGCUAUGACAAAGAAUAAGACUCGGGAAGAGUGGCAGUAUGUCUUCCUGAUUGCCUCCAUGGUGCAUUACGGGGGCGUGGUCUUCUAUGGCAUCUUCGCCUCUGGGGAAAAACAGCCAUGGGCCGACCCAGAGGAGACCAGCGACGAGAAGUGCGGAUUCAUUGACGAGGACGAGCUGGCCGAAGAAACGGGUGACAUCACACAGGGCUACGGCGCUAUGGGAGCCCCCGCUAAAACCUACGGAGCUACAGCGCAGCUCAAUGGCGGAUGGGUCCAGGACUGGGAUAAGACCGAGGAGUACGUUCAGGAACCGGCCGGGAAGAUCUACUCAGAGCGAGGCUAUUCUUAAAAGGAUUAAUGUCCGAUUGCCAUCAAAGAUUGCACAAUCCAACAUUAUAGAUAGAGGAAUCCAUUCUGUGUAGUCUAGUUUUCGGGCUGUUCUUGUUUCUGACAGCUAGUUUAAAUGGGGAAUCCAUGUUAGAUUCUCAAACACAUCUCAUUCCAUCUACAGUCAAGCGUAGAGAGGUUGCAAAGCAAGCUGCAGGCCUAUGUUGUAGUCUCGGGCAUCCAAACCUCAUCAGUUUACUUGAACAACAUGAGCCAGAUGAUACUGCAGUAAACCGUCACGCAAGGUCUUCUAUUGCACUGAAACCCCUACAAGAAUUCUACGAGAAAAAAAAAAACAGAUUCUAUUGUGUUUUAUGUUCUGUAUAUACCUGUAUACUGUUUCUGUGAGACUAUUGUGGAUUUGGGUCGUUGAUCUGUGUUGAACAUAAAUAUAAAAAGGCCAUAUUUUUCAUGGACAGCACCUUUUCAGGGAGAUGUCUGCUUGCAAAAAAGGUCUUCCUCGAGCGAGACCUGUAAUACUCCGAGACAAAAAUAGAGCGAGUGAACCUUCUAGGAUUGUAGUGUGUGUUUGUUGCAUGACUUUGCAAUCAAUGUUGAGAUGCAGCGUUGUCCUCAUCCAUCCACCCGCCCGCCACGAUAGAAGAGAAAAGAAACUUUUGCGCAGUGAGACGUUCAAGUGAGACAAAUCAGAAGGCGGUUGUUCAUACAAAUUUGGUGUGCACUGCAAUAAAUCCUGUGUAACGGCUGCUACCCGUCCGCCACCUUCUGUUUUUGUAACGUAACACUAGCUUGCUGUAUCAAAUUGUUCUUGCUUUGGAGUCAUCGAUGAGAUGUGUGUUUUUAACAAUUUUACUCGUAUCCCUCCCGAGACUCCGGCUUUAGUGCUCAUGGUGCCAAUUUUUAACAGUGAGGAAUGCAGUACUGUAUGUGGACGACUCCUUUGGUGUUUCUCGCUUCUUGUCACUCAAGCUACUUUAUGGAUACGCGAGUGGACCGCAUUGAUUCGUAAAAAGGCUCUUCCAUUUAAAUUUCUUUGCUACUUUGUUCCACCAUUUACUGUAUGAAAUCUGCAAGGAUGUUUAAACUAUAUGAAUAUUUAAGAAUGUUUAAAGAUGGCCAAAAAUAUGUUCUCAUGGCAUUGUGCCUGAAGUCAAUGUAUACUGAUAAAUGUGAUUUUAUGGAUACAAAUAUUGUGUUUAACAAAGAGGUAUGUUGAUGUUGAAA